AAACAAAUCAAGUUCAAGUAUGAAGCCAUCAGCAAAGUCAGUUUUACCUCAGUCCUAACUGCUCAGGAGACUUUGAUGGGACAGUUAACAAGAGCGUGACACGUGCGUAAAGGCGCUUGGGAUGUUUUAUUUGACCUAUAUUAGUUUGGAGCGCGCUGGAAGCUUCAGGUUUGUUUACUAAUCUGUUAGGUGAUCCUUAAUCCGAGUUUGGUAAUCCUUGUUAACACUUGUGGAUGUAAAAUAGCAUCAGAUUACCUCUGGAAGGAGUGGGUUUCAGCUGAUGUCUGCCCAACACUGGAAGUUGCGCUUUUCAACUCAGCUCAAAGGACCUCUUUUUACUUUGUGGCAAAAAGAAAAUGCUGGCAUGAAAAUCCCCAUACCCGGAGAGGACACGACACGAUGGCAGCCUGCGGAAGAAGAAAUAGACCCAAGAUAGCGCUCUUCCUCUUUGGUGCCUCUUUACUGGGGUAUUUCAUAUUUUCCAGGCACAACUCCGUGGACCUGAGCGCGCGAGAGGUCCCGAGGGAAGAACGCGUAAAAGAAGUGAAAAAUGAUGAUCUGAAGAAGCCCGUGUAUGAAAAACCUCCUUUGGACUUAAACGCGCUGGGUGAACUGGGCAAACCGGUCAAGCUCAAACUGACUGUGGAGGAGAAGAAAAAAGAGGAAGAGAGCAUUAACAAGCACCAGAUUAAUAUUUACCUGAGUGACAAAAUUUCACUACAUCGCAGACUGCCUGAGAGAUGGAACCCGCUCUGUAAAGACUUGAAGUAUGACUAUAAGACCCUGCCCACGACUUCUGUGGUGAUAGCUUUUUACAACGAGGCCUGGUCUACUCUGUUGCGGACAGUGCACAGCGUCCUGGAGACCUCCCCAGACAUCCUGCUCAAAGAAGUGGUGCUUGUGGACGACUACAGUGAAAAAGAACAUUUAAAGGAACCCCUGGCAAAGUACAUCAGCAAUUUAAGAAAAGUGCGUCUAAUCCGUGCGACAAAAAGAGAGGGUCUGGUACGGGCCAGGCUGCUUGGGGCCUCCAUCACGACAGGGGAUGUCCUAACCUUUCUGGACUGUCACUGUGAGUGCCAUGAAGGGUGGCUAGAGCCUCUGCUUCAAAGAAUUAAAGAGGAGCCCAGUGCUGUAGUCUGUCCUGUUAUUGAUGUAAUAGACUGGAACACAUUUCAGUAUUUGGGGAACUCCGGGGAGCCUCAGAUUGGGGGUUUUGACUGGAGGCUAGUGUUUACCUGGCAUUCAGUUCCUAAUUAUGAACAGGAACGUAGGCGGGCACCCACUGAUGUUAUAAGGUCUCCUACCAUGGCAGGCGGUCUGUUUGCUGUGAGGAAGGACUACUUCCAGUACCUGGGGACGUAUGACACAGGGAUGGAGGUGUGGGGUGGAGAAAACCUGGAGUUUUCCUUCAGGAUUUGGCAGUGUGGAGGCAGCCUUGAGGUCCAUCCGUGUUCCCAUGUAGGCCAUGUGUUUCCCAAUAAGGCCCCUUACUCUCGGAGUAAGGCCCUGGCUAACAGUGUGAGAGCUGCUGAGGUCUGGAUGGAUGAAUUCAAGGAAGUGUAUUACCAUCGAAACCCUCACGCUCGCCUGGAGGCUUUUGGAGAUGUGACAGAGCGAAGGAAGCUGAGGGAGCGCUUGGGCUGUAAGAGCUUCAGGUGGUACUUGGACAAUGUUUACCCUGAUAUUCAUGUCCCAGAAGACCGGCCAGGCAUGUUUGGAAUGUUAAAAAAUCGAGGGAAGAAAAACUACUGUUUUGACUACAACCCUGCAGAUGAACACGCCAUAGUGGGAGGAAGGGUCAUCUUGUACCUCUGUCAUGGCAUGGGCCAAAACCAGUUUUUUGAGUUAUCCGUGGAUGGUGAGAUACGCUAUAAUACAAGAGAACCUGCAGGAUGCAUGGCUGGGGACAACAUCAGCACCUACCUGACUGUUCAACUGUGUCGAAAACGAGGCCAGUCUGUACCAGCUGACCAGAAAUUCAUCCUCAAGGAGGAUGGGACUCUUUACCAUGUGAUGAGCCAGAAGUGUGUGCAUGCCUUAGACAAGACCGACAAUGGGACACCUGCCCCUUCACUGCAGGCUUGUUCUGGCACUCCGUACCAACAGUGGUAUUUUGAAGAACGAAUAUAAUUAUAUCUUAAGUGAAACUGUCCUAGGAUGAUAGAUUACACUGCUACCUUU